UUAAAACUAAAAAAGGGGGAGGAGGAGGAGGAUGAAAGAGUUUAGGGUUGUGGUUCCCGCUUACGCUGAAGAGAGAGAGAGUUCUUGAGUGAGUGUAGUACGAUGAGAUCUUCAGCACCAUUGGUGUCUGCAUUCCUUGUCGGGAUCUUGUUUUUCUUGGGACUGAAUCAUGCUUCCGCAGUCAGGAUGUCACAUACAUAUGCAGUCCUCCGCUCUUCUCCUCCUUUUCCAGGAAAAAAGAAUGGAAAAUGAGUACCCCACUGUAUGACUGUCCACGCUGUAUUAACAGACAGCAGGAUCAAAGCAACAUCACUUCUACUGCUCGUCCUGAUGGAAAGGAGAUUGACAUAAUGGUAACAUACAGUGACCCUUCUGGUGCUGUUCAAGUUAGGAGCGUGAGGUCUAGGGACCUAUCAGCAUCUUGGGUAUGGAAAAGCCCUGGCGAGGGCAGACGUGAUCAAUCAAGGAGUUCGCUGUCACAGAUAGUAGACGACCCAUUUCAACCUAAAAGGAGCUCUAGAAACACUGAUAAUGAUUCUAAUAAUGAUCAUCAAUCUGGAGAUGAAACACCUGAGGCACAAGCAUCUCCCGUGCAUCCUGUGAAACUUAAGAGACAGAGACUUCGAAGGGAAAGGAGAGAGAGGCGAGCAGCAGAUCUGAUCAAACAAGACAAGGAGAUGGACGACCGGAUGCAAGAAGCAGCAAUUGAACAAGCAAGGGAGCUCGAUACCACUAUAAGGGGCAAAUACAGUAUAUGGAGGAAAGAAUAUGAAAAUCCCAACUCUGAUUCCACAGUUAAACUUAUGCGAGAUCAAAUCAUAAUGGCCAAAGCUUAUGCAGCAAUUGCUAAGUCUAAGAAUGAGACUGUGCUUUAUGAUUCCUUAAUCAAACAUUCUAGAGAAAGUCAACUUGCUAUCGGAGAAGCUAUUACUGAUGCUGAACUUCAUCCAAGUGCGAUUGAUCAAGCGAAAGCCAUGGGUCACGUUCUCGCUGCAGCCAAGGACCAGUUGUACGAUUGUGUUUCGAUAGCAAGAAAGUUGAGGGUCAUGCUUCAGUCCAGUGAGACUAAUGUACAAUUGAUGAAGAAAAAGAGCUCGUUUUUGAUACAGUUGGAUGCAAAAACUGUCCCCAGACCGUUGCAUUGCAUUCCAUUGGUUCUCACAACAGACUAUUACCUAUAUAAUUAUGAAGAGAAAGAUUUCCCUAACAAAGAGAAACUCGAGGAUACACUGUUGUACCAUUAUGCCAUCUUUUCUGAUAAUGUACUAGCAACAUCUGUUGUCGUGAACUCAACAGUUCUACAUGCAAAAGAGCCUGAGAAGCAUGUCUUCCAUAUAGUCACUGAUAAGCUGAACUUUGCAGCUAUGAGAAUGUGGUUUCUUGUAAAUGCUCCCGCUGGUGCAACAAUUCAAGUCCAGAAUGUGGAUGAGUUUACUUGGCUCAAUUCUUCAUACUGUCCUGUCCUGCGUCAGCUUGAAUCUGCACGAAUGAUAGAAUACUAUUUCAAGGCACAUCAAACAUCAUCCCUUACAGCCGGCUCUGACAAUCUUAAAUACAGGAAUCCAAAAUACUUGUCCAUGCUUAAUCACCUUAGAUUUUACCUCCCUGAAGUAUACCCAAAGCUGGAUAAGGUAUUGUUUCUGGAUGACGACAUUGUUGUUCAGAAGGAUCUGACACCUUUAUGGUCUGUUAAUCUGCAAGGGAUGGUGAAUGGUGCUGUUGAAACCUGCAAGGAGAGCUUCCAUAGGUUUGACAAGUAUCUCAACUUUUCUAAUCCGAAGAUAUCUGAGAAUUUUGAUCCAAAUGCUUGUGGCUGGGCAUUUGGCAUGAAUAUCUUUGAUUUGAGGGAGUGGCGGAAACGUGACAUUACUGGAAUCUAUCAUCAUUGGCAAGACAUGAAUGAGGACAGGACGCUGUGGAAACUUGGGACGCUGCCCCCAGGGCUGAUUACUUUCUACAACUUGACCUACCCUCUGGAUAGAAGCUGGCAUGUGUUGGGAUUGGGCUAUGACCCUGCUCUUAACCAAACGGAAAUAGAGAAUGCUGCUGUGGUGCAUUAUAAUGGAAAUUAUAAACCAUGGUUGGAUCUUGCAAUUGCAAAGUACAAAUCUUAUUGGUCCAGAUAUGUCAUGUUUGAUAAUUACUAUGUGCAACUUUGUAACCUUAGUGAAUAAUGGCACAUGUUCAUUUUAUGCAAAAUAGUGUUUGGAGAUGUCACAUACAUGUUGGCUCUGUAUUAUGGUAGGCCAAAAUGUUUGCUUAUUGAAGAGUACCUAUAAGAAAAAGAAAAUAGGAGUUUUUAUAUAGGCAUAAAGAAUUUGCAGGAGGUCCAUUGCCUUGGCAGAGAUAGCAUGUUGAUGCUUGUUGCUAUCGGAUAUAAAAUUGUGUAUGCAUUUUAUGGGAUGGUUAAAUUUGAAUCA